ACUGUGAAUCGGUGAUUGACCUGCGAGAACGGAUACCCACAUUUUCACAAGUGAGCGACGACAACGGAGACUCGUCCAUAUGACGUCACUCGGGCUAGAUCAUCAACAAGGAAGCAGGUCAACAGCGAAGGGUGCAUCAAGCGAUCGUUUUGGCUGAUAGCUACCUUCGCAAAAAGGACUUUCUGUUGGAAAUUGUACCUGCAUUUCGGAGUGUAGGGGGUUCCAAACAUAGCUCUGUGUUCCAGGUAGCGGUGUAUGUUGAAGGUGACAGUGUCCUACCAGAAAUAAUUGGUUUGUGGUGCGCCUCGAAGUCGAAGCCCCGGUGGUGUUUUCUUCCGGAGAUUUCACUUGCUGGGUUAAGUCACCGUGUGAGGUCUUUUUAUUUCGGCCGAGCGCCUACCCGGAACAACUGUGAACACCCCAAAGUGGACUUGGAGUUGAAGUGUUUGUUUGGACAGUGAUCCAGAAUGCUCGCCUCCAAUCUCCCUCACGUCGGAGAUUCUGAGGACUCUAAUUGCAUAGUGGUCAAGGAAGGAUGGGUCAGCAAAAAAGGAGAGUACAUCAAGAACUGGAGGCCACGGUACUUCCGGCUCAUGUCCAACGGCAACUACCUGGGCUACAAAGAGAAACCCACUACUCGAGCUGAUGUGGAGCAAAAAGUUUUAAACAAUUUCUCGGUGGCAGACUGUCAAUGCCAAGUGCUAGCCUCUGAUAGGAAAGAUAAGAACAUAUUUUACGUACGAUGUUUACAAUGGACUACCUUUGUGGAUCGGACAUUUCAAGUAGACUCUGCAACAGAGAGGGACGAAUGGAUGGCAGCAAUAAGAGAUGUUGUAGAGAGGGUGAGCAAGUCAAACGAGGAGAAAACCACUGAGCAGAAUGCCCGCAUUACAGACAAUAGGAGUAUACAGAAGAGGCAUACAAAGACUCUUCAAGAUUUUGAGUUUCUUAAGAUGUUAGGCAAAGGCACAUUUGGGAAAGUCCUGCUCGUCAGAGAGAAGACAAACGGGGAGCUGUAUGCCAUCAAGAUAUUAAAAAAGGAAGUGAUCGUGGCAAAGGAUGAAGUUGCCCACACGCUCACUGAAAGUCAUGUCCUUCAGAGAACCCGCCAUCCGUUCCUGACGUCACUCAAGUAUUCAUUCCAAACGACCGACCGGCUGUGUUUUGUCAUGGAGUAUGUCAACGGUGGGGAGCUCUUUUUCCAUCUGUCACGGGAGCGAGUGUUCACGGAGGAUCGGACCCGUUUCUAUGGUGCCGAGAUAAUCUCAGCUUUAACCUAUCUCCACGAAUGCAAUGUCAUCUACCGUGAUCUCAAGUUGGAGAAUCUUUUGCUGGAUCAGUACGGUCAUAUCAAGAUAACGGACUUUGGACUGUGUAAAGAGGACCUGUCGUACGGCAACACGACCAGCACAUUUUGCGGAACGCCAGAAUACUUGGCACCAGAGGUUUUAGAAGACAGUGAUUACGGCCGGGCCGUCGACUGGUGGGGUACCGGUGUCGUCAUGUAUGAGAUGAUGUGUGGCCGAUUACCAUUCUACAGCCGCGACCAUGAAGUCCUGUUCGAGCUGAUCCUUGUGGAGGAGGUCAAGUUCCCAGCGAGGUUAACCGAAAGUGCCAGGUCAUUACUAAGUGGUCUUCUGGCGAAAGAUCCGGCAAAGCGGCUGGGAGGAGGUCCACAGGAUGCUCAGGAGAUCAUGGAGCACCCGUUCUUUGCCAGUAUAAACUGGGAGGACCUUUACAACAAAAAGAUCGAACCACCCUUCAAGCCAAGUGUGAAAUCGGAGACGGACACCAGGUACUUUGAUGAAGAGUUCACUGCUGAGCCUGUGGAACUCACUCCACCGGAUGAGAACACAGAGUUGUCAACCGACGCUGGGCUGCCGCAGUUUGAAAAAUUUUCCUACUCUGGUGACAAGGGAGGACAUCUCUAAGGCUCUGCAGCGGUAGGUUUGCUACAAAAAAGGGCAACAAGCAUCCCUGUGUGGGAAAAAACUCCAAGGAUGUCUCCAGUAGAGAGGAUUUCAGCGGUCCUAGAACACAUGUUAUAAAAGAAGAAAAGGUUUUGGGCAACAAGCUGCAAUAUUUAAUCCAUUGUAUAGGGCCAUCAUAAAAGCUGAACCAGAAAUAUGUAUUGUAAGUGUUGGUUUUCUUUCUUGUGAUGGCCAGCUAUCGACUGGCAUGUUUUCCUUUUUUUUUCUGGUUUGUUUCUUGUUUUGACUGUGGAUGCCUUUUGCCAUGUUUUACCGAAUGUUCCACACCCCCCAAACAAAACUUCCAUUGGCUGUGAAAGCUUUCAGCUUUCAUGAUGAAACACACGGUGGAAAGUAAAACAGUUGAUCAGUAUUGCAAUCAAUUUGGGGGCAUACCAUAAUGACAUUUAGGUCAGAAACCAGCAGGGGGGGAGGGGAUUCCACGAAAUUGGCAGAAUUAGAGCUUGUGAGAUUGACUCUAGAAAUGUUCAUGGGUGGGCAUUGGGGAUUUUUUGUCGUCAGUGCUCAUGUAGCAGAAUAUCUUCUUUCUCUUCAAUUUGAUGGUGAUCAUCAAAUGAUUGGGAAAAAAAUACUGAUUAGGAUUGAGGGGAACUGUACAAGUUGUAACUUAUUUUCCCCAAUUUCUCAAUACGUUGUAUCUGUAUUAUUCACUGCUGUAAAUGUCUUUUGCUGUAGCCCGAGGGGGUCAUUUGUGUUAGGAGAAUGUUUGAUAUACAUGUAGCGACCGUUCAGCAUAGCAAGAUUCUACUUUAUAUCCGCACACCUCUUUGAUCUGCUGUUGAUUUUCUGAAAUAUGUUUGCAACUUCUGCGUAUUAUCAAUUCAGUAAGUGCAGCACCAGUGUGGUCAGACGCAUGAUGCGGUAAUGUUAUACAUUCUUGUCCCUCAACAUGUUAGCUGCCUUCAAUAGCUGUGGUUACUUCUGGGUAGUCCGAAAAUACAAAGAAUCCAUCUCUGAUGUUGGCGCUGGUUUAUUGACAAUAAUUUCUCGUCACUUUUGUCAUGCCUGGAGCAAAUAGGUACGUGUAGCUUUCAUUUCUCCAAAGUUUUAAGAACAUAAAGUUUGGUCAAGUGGGCCUUCAUGACUGCAUUGCAUUAAAACUAAUAGGUAGGUCCAGAUGUGCAGUAACCAGGGAUACAAUAGCUUUGUGAUUCAGCGUCUUUCUAUCGGCUCUUAGAAAAUGAAAUCUUUACAAACUGAGCUCUGUUCAGCUGUUCACUGCAAAUACCCAGCUGGUCAGAUUGAGCAGUGCAGCCACAUUUGGUCGAAAUUAGGCACCAGUCAAGUCAGCCGCAAAGUGCAUGCCGGGUACUGGUUCCUGACCCAUGCUGAUAAUUUAGGGGAUUGGCUCAUGCAGAUAAGGGCCAUACAUAUUCAUGCAGGAGGAAAUGGAAUUUGCAUAACUACCUCUUGGACUGCGAUGCAAUAUUGGAAGGAAGGUGUGCACAUUGGGAGCAUCGAUCUGGAUUUUUUGUGUAUAUUUGCAUUCCCGAGAAUCUCAUUGUUAGCGCAGAAACAAAUUCCUUGCACAUGUGUCAACAUUAGGAUACCAGAGUUGUCUUACUUUGUUUGGCUUUUUGUUUUGGCGAGGCAGCAGUACAAGUGUGAAGUUUGACAGUAUCAAAGCAAAGUCCAGGAUUAAUUGUAGCACGCUCAUGAGGGUCACAACAUUGGUUGUAGUGCCUAAGAAGUCUGGCCCAAACUUGUUCAAAGAAAUGUUACAAGCUUUUAACUGAAAUCCCACACACAUUGUUCAAGACUGACUGUUUGUGUAUUGCUGUUAUAUGUCAGUCCUCUGGAGAAAUUUUGGAAACCAAAACCCUCAAGAUGUCAGGUGUCGUGUGGUCUCAAAAUAGCUGUAGCUUAUAAUUUUACUUUCUAAGAUUUUGGAUGCUGCGGCAUUUUUCUUUUUUCAGUAGGACUUGUUGCCCUCGAAUUCACUGAGGUGCUCUUUUUCCUGGCUGUGCCGUCUCUGCGACCAGAUUUGGAAAGAAAAGGCUAAUUGAAGAAGGCAUUGAACAAUCAGUAGUAAAAAUUUCAUGCAUUGAAGAUAUACUUUCUUUACGGAGGAUCACCACAGCCCUCUAACUUAAUUCUUAUGUUGGGUAAUAACAUUAUCUAAUCCAAACAUUUCACAAAUUGUUUUACUUUUUUUUACCCAGUCGGUGUUUAAUAUCUCAACCUUAUUCUGGGAAUUUUUUCUUCUUCUUUUUUUUGGCAAAGAAAUAUUUAAAGGAAUGUACUUGUUAUAUUGUGUUGUAUAUUUUUAUUUUGUCACUGAAUCGCCCUAUCUCUUUUGUAUAGGCUUUUAAAAAAAUCACUGAUGUGUAUAGUUAAUGUAGUUUGUAUGUGGUGGUUCAUUUAGUUUGAGUUUGUUGAACUCGAAUUGGCUCAUGCACUGCAAGUCUGUAAUCGUUCAUUAGAGUUUUCAAACUAACAUAAAAAAUGUCACCAUGCUAUCGGUUUAGCUGUCUUUAUUUUAUUAAAAACUAUAUUUGCUGAAGGUCAAAUGUCACAAGCAUGAGAUAGAGCACACAGCUUUGUAUAUACUAUGUUGGGUCGUACAUAUGUGUGCUAAUGUACAUGUGUAUUAUAACUUUGCCAGUAAAGACUGAGUUAACAUGCAGUAAUGUUUGGUAAAAGGAAGUAAAAAACUUUUCAUUUCACAUUUUAGCCUGUAGAAAUGGUAUGAAAUGUUAAAAUGAAGUAGUAGAUCUUAUGGACUAAUCUUUUGUGAUCACCCAGACUUACGAUUUUUAAAGUUCACACAAGACUAUUUUUUUUUUAGAUGGGCAGCUGUUGUUCUUUAAAUUGAAAUGUUUUUAUGCUGUCCAAAAAAACCCCAAACAACUAGGAGCUUACUUUUUUUUUACUCUUACAUUUUGCAUUUCCCACAUUUACCAUGAGUAUCUGAAAUUGCAUGAGCUACAAUUGAACUGUGGCCCUAUGAAAAGGAGGUAGGUGUAUUAUUAAUGGGUGUGUAACAAGCAACCAACCAAAUAAUGGUAGCACUGUCCCUCAUUUGGCAAUGCCUCAGCACAGAUUUAAAGUAGGCUAUCAGAACUCGCUCUGUACUGUUUCGUGAUCCGAAUAUUUGCUUUAGGCCUCUGGCUUCAAAUCUCAUUGAGAAUUGAGACACCCUCAACACUGCUCUCAUUUUGCCUUGGGAACCUCAAACGAUCUUGUAUGAAGCCCAUAUUUGGCAGCAUCUUGAUUUCCGUAGAUGCAGUUUAAAAUAGGUCUGGGGUUUGAGAUGAAGCCGUAGUUUCAAAGUCAAGGCUUGGAAAAUUGGCCCAUGACUGGCUAAAAUUUGAUUGGCCGUGAUUGUCAUUCUUGUUGACAAGUUGUGAAGCUCUGAUGAAAAAGUUGCAAAACCUACUAAGAUGAGUCACAAGUUGCCAGAGCCCCUUUUUUCAAUCAAAGGCCUUAAAAAGAAUUUUGCGCUGAGUGAGUCAAUAGGAACCCUCAACAUUGUUCACCUACAUCAAUUUCUUUGCUCAUGCCAUAAAGCCAAACUGAGUGAUAUGUCAAAAUAGUGAGCUCCAUUUGCUCUCUCUCUGAUGCAAACUAUUAAAAACAAAAUUACAGGGGACAAAUGGCUGUCUGACUCAUUUUAUGGGAUCUUGUCAUGGAGAUAUCACGAAGAGCCUAGCUCUUUGCAGGAAAGUAUAUAACAUGUACUGAGAUUUCCCCCACCAAGGCAACUUUGUCACUAUGGCUUAGGGGAUUGAAGAAAUCUUCUGAGGCAGGCUGGCGGAAUACUGUUUUGAACAAGUGGAGGAAAACUCAUUGAAGUUGGAAACGAAGACCCGGAGAAACAUAUAGUGCUGGAUGAAAUGCCAACUUUGACCCCAAAGGUAUGAGAAGGUGCCAUUGAGCCAAUUUUCCUCCCUGCAACUGUGUUUUUUUGGGGGGGAGGGGUCUUUUUCUUGUUCCACCUGGCUUUUUUUAAAGACAGUAUUGGGCUAAGUGAAAGUAAACGUCUGUUUUGUUUUUGUUGGUUGCUUAUUUAAGAAUAUAUUGAAAUCCUGGAAGUCUCUGUAUUGUAUUUUAUCGGAUAAGUUGAACCACGAAGAUUUGAUGCAUCUGUUUAUUUCUGUUGAUGGACUGAAACUUAGUCGAACAGGUGGGCAGCCUUACGGAACUGCUGUAGUCACUAUUUUAAGUUGUAGAGUAAUAAUAUAAAAGAUAAACCAUACAAAAGAGCCAUUACAGUGAACUGUACAGAUUGUUACAACUGAUGUGGUGGUAUUGUUAAUGUGGACUAGUAAAUGUUGACUUCAUAUGUAUUAGAGAAAAGAGCGUGCAUGUGAUGGGACUUUACAAAUUAAAUAUUCGAAGAAAACAAGUCUUGUGUAUAUCAUUGUCGUGUACAUGCAUGCAUGGGGCAGAAGAGUAAACAUGCAUUUGUGGAUUGGCAAAAAAAAGGGUCAAGAUUGCGAAGAAAGAGAAAUCGGUUGAAGUAGCAAAUUUGUUAAAGUGUGGUUGUGGUUAGUGCUAUGGAAAGGCCUAAUUAAGAAAAGUGGAUGACUGCAGUUAACAUGGAUGUGGAUGUUUAUUUUGCCUCUGCUCAUUUUUAUACAUCAAGGUAAGUCGAACUGAAAGUGUUGGGUUUAUAUAAACUUGUUUGGAGUCUGUUAUUGUACAGUA